GAAGCCUUCUGUGGUACAGCAGAUGAAGUUUGUCUUGAAGUCCCUCUCUUUGCAGAGUGAUGGGCUUUCUCUAGGCUCAGGAGUUUUCUUCAUCAGAUUACUUUGCAGAAGUGAAAGACAGAACCAAAGAGCAGUACUUCUUCAUCUAAGCACAGGUUACCCCAGCACUCCUUUCAAUCUGAAGUUAAAACCACGGCAUUUAAACAUAGAUCCUGAACUUGAACCACUGAAAGGAAAGCAAAAGGACUCUGACAGGAGAUUUUUUACAUACAAGCCUUAUGAAAGCAAGUGGGAUCCACAGCUGCUACUGCCAAAGAGUCCCUGGCCACCUACAUCUGCUUUAUUACUGAUACAUCUGCUUUGCUCUUGACUCUGAUUACUAGGAAUGGACUGCUGAAAUCUCCG